AUGAACCCUACAUAUGAUCAUAAACAUUCGCCGCAACGGUGGGAUGUCAUUACAGAGGUAUUAUGCCUCUCAAUCAGUACCUUUUGUGUCGGUAUGCGCAUGUACACAAAGCUAUUAAUCACCAGAGCUCCAGGGUGGGAAGAUUUCUAUGCUGUGAUGACUUUUGAGACAGGCAAGCAUGGCAGUGGCCUCCACCAGUGGGAAGUAUCUCCAUCAGAUCUCCGUGAAUUCUUGAAGCUAGCAAAUACAUGCCAAAUCAUAUAUGGGCCGAUCAUAUUCAUCACCAAAUUAUCCAUACUCCUACUAUUCCUCCGGGUAUUCGCACCGUCUUUCAACGGCAUCACCUACUUAUUGAUUCAGCUUCUCAUUUGGCUCAACUUCUUGUUCUACUUUGCCGACACAAUCCUCAAGAUCUUCGAAUGCACACCGCGAUCCAAGAUCUGGGAUGAGCAUGUGCCAGGGCACUGCAUCAAUAUCAACGGUCCCAUCCUAGCUGCUUCGAUCUUCAACGUAGUGUCCGAUUUUCUGAUUCUCUUACUACCAAUUGUCUGUGUAUGGCGCCUGCAAAUGACCUUCAAGAAGAAGAUAUGUACUUCUGCCGUCUUCGUUGCGGGUAUUUUCGGCUGCAUAUCGAGCGUUAUGCGCCUUGUAGUCAGUAUCCCAAAUAGCACCGCUACCGACAACACAUUUGUCUGGUUUCCAGAAUUCUUAUGGACUACUAUUACUUCAAAGAAAACGGUAGAUGCAAAGCCUUUUCCAGUUCAACACCGACAGAAUAUUAGCCUUACAGAUUUACUUCCGGGGAAUAACUUGGAGAUGCUAAGCCGUGGCAAUCGCAGCGGGAAGACAUAUGAAACAACUUGCUAUACUACAGUCGAAGCCAGCCCGGUAGAAAAGGGCCGAGAGGACCAUUCCAAGGAGGGAGACAGCUCAAAUCGAGGGAUAUUGAAGACCAUCGAGUCCAUCGCGAUUCUAUCCGCACCGAGACGCCCAUCGACUUCGACACUCCCUCACCAACCACGUCGCCAAACCAGUCCAACCGUCGAGAUGGCCCAGGAACGCUCCGGAAUUGUGGUCGGUCUGAACAAGGGCCAUAAAACCACCCCCCUCAACACCCCCAAGACCCGUGUCAGCCGCACCAAGGGCCAGUCCUCCCGCCGCACUGCCUUCGUUCGUGACAUCGCUCGUGAGGUUGUCGGUCUUGCCCCCUAUGAGCGUCGUAUCAUCGAACUCCUGAGAAACACUCAGGACAAGCGUGCUCGUAAGCUCGCCAAGAAGAGGCUCGGUACCUUCGGCCGUGGCAAGAGAAAGGUUGAGGACAUGCAGCGCGUCAUCGCCGAGUCCCGUCGUGUUACUGGUCACUAG